AUGAGCAACGACAAGGACAACUUCAACCUCGCCGAUCUCACCUCUGCUCUCAAAGAUCAGGAUCAAGCUGGCCUUGUGAACGCUCUUAAGAACAAGCUUCAGGAUCUGGCUGGGCAGCAUUCCGAUGUGCUCGAGAAUCUGACUCCUAAAGUGAGAAAGCGUGUCGAUGCCUUGAGAGACAUUCAGGGCCAACAUGAUGAAAUUGAGGCAAAAUUCUUUGAGGAGAGAGCUCUUCUUGAAGCCAAGUAUCAAAAGUUGUAUCAGCCUUUGUACACCAAGCGUUAUGAGAUUGUGAAUGGAAUUACUGAAGUUGAGCUGGCUACAGAGGAUACAAAGAUGGACGAAGGAGAGGAGAAAACUCCAGAAGAGAAAGGAGUUCCAAGUUUCUGGCUGACGGCAUUGAAAAAUAAUGAAGUUACUUCCGAGGAGGUCACAGAGCGUGAUGAAGAGGCUCUCAAAUAUCUUAAGGAUAUUAAGUGGAGCAAGAUUGAAGAACCUAAAGGAUUCAAACUUGAAUUUUUCUUUGACACGAAUCCCUAUUUUCAAAACACUGUCUUGACAAAAUCUUAUCAUAUGAUUGAUGAAGAUGAGCCACUGCUUGAGAAGGCCAUGGGGACUGAAAUCGAUUGGUAUCCUGGAAAGAAUCUAACUCAGAAGAUUCUCAAGAAGAAGCCUAAGAAGGGUUCAAAGAACACCAAACCAGUCACCAAAAUGGAAGAUUGUGAAAGCUUCUUCAACUUCUUUAGUCCUCCAGAAGUCCCGGAUGAGGAUGAAGAUAUUGACGAGGAGAGAGCUGAGGAACUUCAAAACCAGAUGGAACAAGAUUAUGACAUCGGAUCUACCAUCAAGGACAAGAUUAUCCCUCAUGCUGUCUCCUGGUUUACAGGCGAGGCUAUGGAUGGAGAGGAGUUUGAAAUAGAUGAUGAUGAGGAUGAGGAAGAUGAUAUUGACGAGGAUGAAGAUGAGGAUGAGGACGACGAAGAGGAUGAUGAUGAGGACGAGGAUGAAGAAGAGGUCAAGACCAAAAAGAAGCCAUCAGCCGGACACAAGAAGGGAGGAAGGUCUAAGACUGUUGGUGACGGUCAAGAAGGCGAGAGGCCACCGGAAUGCAAGCAACAGUAA